AUGUUCAUUUUAACCACUAUCUCGGAUCUGAUCCAGAUUCGUCCUGAGGACUUUUCUAAGCUCAGUGCAAUUGCAAUUGAAGACAAUAUCAAUGAAAAAUACGCCAAUAAGGUGAUUCAAAAAAUUGGCUUAUGUAUCAGCUUCUACGAUCUGCUCGAGUCAUCAGAUGGCCUGAUUGGCCAUGGAACGGGCCUUGUCAAUGUCAACGUCAAAUUCCGCAUGAUCGUCUUCCGGCCGUUCAAGGGCGAGAUCUUGCUUGGUAAAAUCUCUAGUGGUACGGAGAACGGGAUCAAAAUCAGUGUUGAGUUUUUCAACGAUAUUCUUAUCCCUCCACCUAUGCUCAUGGAUGGAGCCAAAUUUGACUAUGCGGAUCAAGUCUGGACCUGGGACAACGACGGCACCCUAUUCUACCUGGACGUUGGCGAAAUCGUUCGCUUCCGCGUCGAGACGGAAGAGUGGCAUGACCAGAUCCCGAAUGCCCCAGAUCUGGGCGAAGAAUUGGCUACCGAGCGGAAGCCUGCGUAUUCGAUCUUUGGCUCGAUGCAGAUCCACGGUCUCGGACCAAUCACUUGGUGGUGA